AUGCAUACGCAACCCCAGGCUCUGGGCGCCCCCAACGCGGCUUCGCAGGGCAAGGGUGUGCCCGGCAACGGUGCUGGCGGGUACAAAACUUCUGCGCCUCCUGGUGCGCAGUGGCCUUCUAACGUGCAGAAAGGUCAGUACGCGUCGGCGUACGGGAAGGAUGGGAACAUCUUGAACUACCCACCGGGCGGGCCGACUGGCCCCAACGCGGUCGCAAACCGCGGUUGGUGGCACUUCUCGCUGUGUGUGUGCUGUAAAGAUUGCGACUCAUGCUGCGAGUCAUGGUGCUGUGCACCUUGCCAGCUGAGCCGGCAGUGCAAUAUGCUGACGAACAACCGCAAGGAGAUCCACUGGCCAUACUGCUUGCUGAUGACCUUCUGUGACUGCACCAUCAUUAUCUUUAAUGUGUCGUGCAUCUUUGCCAGCGAGACACGCCGGAUGGCACGCGAGCGGUACGGUAUUUCAGGCUCUACCCUUGAGGACUGCUGCUAUGGCUUCUGGUGCACCCCCUGCUCUACGCAGCAGGUGCUGCUGGAGAUGACUCUGAUGAACGAAUUCCCAGGCGCCACGUGCUACGAGGCUACUUCUCAUCCCGCGGGCAGGCGGAUGGUGUAG